AUGGCAGAGAUCACUCCGGAUUUGUGUUUGAAUUUUGUUAACAUUGGAACAAAUAUUUCAGCGCCAUUGAUGACUAAUGAAGCCUCGUGGUGUGGAAAUUGUCGCGACUUCAGUGAGAACAAUCUACGCUCACAUAUUAUAAAAGGGGUGAAGCCCGGCUGGUGGAAAGGUGAGAACAAAAUUUGUUUUAAUUUGUUGUUCAAAAUAUUUGAAAUCAGUAGUUGUAUUGAGGGUAACCAAGGUGAAAUGGUUAUAAAAGGCCUUCUUACACUGGACAAACACAUCACCCCACCAAAAUAUAUUAGCAACCUCAAACGAAAAGUGACCAGAGUAAUUGGCAAAGGCCCAGAUGGCAGUUGCACUAUUGUUUCAGAUCUAUAUGUGAAAAGCGACAUUGCAAAGGGCAUUGGAGAAGAAUGCGACAAGUUUGCUAUAACUGCAGAAAUGCUAAAUAAUUUGCUUGAGGUUAAUGUACAUGAGGCUAAGAGGGAGUGUUCUCUACUGUCCACAUUCGAUACAUCUGUCAUUAUAACUAAUAAAUUGGUUAUUGAGUUAAAUGAUUACAGAGAAAAGAUUAAUCAACCAUGGAGCACCCUGCUGUCAUGGUUACUUAGCAUCGGCGAUGCUACUGAAAAUGUUGACCUAAAAGUAUUUCAUUCUGGGGUUGAACGUGUGAUUGAGCGAAAGCGUUACCUAAUGAGAAACCAAGGUAAAAAUGUAUGUGAAGAGUUUUUAAAUCAAAUGUUUAAAUUCCCCCAAAUACAUGUACAAUCCAGUCCUGCAAAUGAAUACCAGAAAUCUUUAGAUGAACAAGUGAAAUACAUUGAAGUACUUCUGCAAAAUAUAGAGAAAUCAAAUUCUGAGAUUGAAUUGCUUAAUCGAACAGUAAGUGAGCAGAGUUUGGUAAGUGGUAGUAAAAGUAGAGAAAUUGAUAACUUAAAACUAAAUCUUAGUGAAAUGCUGACAAAACAAGAAGAGAAAUCUAGAGAGCUACAGCAAGCAAUGGAAAAACUGAAUAAAAUGACACCUCGAAACAUAAAUAAAAAAAUCAAGCGCCGAGAUGAGAUGAAUAGAAAAUUGAAAGAAAUGUCACAGCAGCAACAAGAGGAAAUUGAGAAGAAAGAAAGUGAAUUGAAAGCACAAGAAGAGCAAUAUGAAGAGAUGAUCGAUGAAAAGAAUGAAAUUAUAAUUUGCCUGAAUGAAAAAUUAGAUUCUGCACUUGAAGCAAAAUCUAAAGCACAAAAAUUGAAAUCAUAUUAUAAAGUCAGAAAUAGAUCAUUCCAGGGUAAGGAUGUUAACGGUCAUCUUUUUUCUAAAAUAACAGAGUUAAAGUCAAAGAUUGCCGAAUUGGAAAAUGACCUUGAAGUCUUGCAAGAGAAACUUGAAGAUUUUUUUGCAAAGUAA